UCAAAAAGGAUGAGCAAAGAUGUCAAGGCAUUAAAUAUUGUGAAUUUAGUGAUCCAAUCUAUCUUAAUACUGUUUAUAAUAAUGUUGAUGUUGAUUCAGAUUUAUAUUGCAAAAUGGUCACAAAUCAAGAAAUAAAUA